CUGCGCCAUGGGCUAAAAAAAAAAAUUAUGACUUUCAGUUGCGAUUUGAAAAUUUAAAAAUAGAAUUAGAGUUUUUAUUACAAAUUAACACAGGUCUUUGAAAUUUGAAAGGUAGUAUUGCUUUUGAAUUUAUAUACAAUUCAAUUUCAAUACGUAGUUAUACUAGUUAUUAUCAAGAAUGGAAAAUUGUUUAGAAGAAAGUGAUAUACAGUUACCUGUGUCCCCACCGCGUCGUCGUAGAUCUACGUUUUUUGUUAGACGCGAAUCUCUAGCGCCCGCACUUCAUACAGGGAAUAUACUGGAUAGCACCACUGAAGAUGAGAGGAAAGCACAUAAUGAAGCUGUCACAAAGUAUUAUAAUGCUUUAUUACAUGAAAAGUCAUUGUGGAAAGAAGAAUUAAUAAGAAGACGUGAUGUUUACCAAGAACUUCGCUUACAAUGCAAGAUUGCUCAGAAAAGACCUAAUUCCUUGGAAAGCCAAACUUAUUCAGUUCUUAAUGCAGAAGAUAUUGAAUUUCUGAACAGAAAAAUUAAUUUAUCACAGCUUGUUGAAAGGCAGCAGGGUCUGCACAAAUCUGUAAAAGUUGCUCAAGCAUUUUAUCGAAAAGCAACUGAACUAGAAAAUGCAAUUCUUACAAAUAUUGAAUCUAAAAUAGAUAAAAUUCAUGAUUAUAUAUUUGAAAACAGUACUAUGGAUUUUGUGGAAAAUUAAACCAAUCAUAAUUCUCUCAGGAAUAGAGUUUUUUUUUAAUUUUAAAUUAUCAUUGUGUUCAGAUUUAAUUUGGAAAUUGACCAACUUCUGACAUGGCUCACAUAGUAGUUCUACAUUUUAUCAGCUGAAGAUGGCCUAUUCACUCAUAGCUCACAAGUAAAAUAUGAUGUAUGUACGAAUAAUAUUUGUUAUUUUAUAACAAUAAAUCAGAUUUGAAUAUGA